UAUAAGUGGCAGUGAUUCAGUGAUUUUGCAUUCUGAAUUCCCCGAAAAAAAAAUUCGAUGUGAAAAAUGAGCUGAAGUCAUGGCCCCCAGGAUGCAAAAGGCCUUUAGGUCGUAACACCGAGGGUAUAGAACCCCCCAGACCCCCAAAAUCACCGAUAAAUAACCUGAAAUAUCCUUUAGACGAGGUGAAUCAGUGAAAUAUAAUCAGGACUCACCAAAAGCGGGAAAUCUGAGGAGGGAACGUGAAUUUACACCGAGAACACCGGCUCCGAGGCCACCACUUUCCAGGAUGCUGAGCCCUCCGAAGUCCAUCCCCUUCAAGUCUCCGACAUCCAGGAGUCGAUCGAGAACUCCUACAGUUCCAGAAUCAGAGAAUUCAACGAGUGGUUCUGACUCGGAGGGUUCUCCAGAGACUGCGCCAGGCUACAGCUCCAGGAGUCGGUCUUCAGUGGUCUCAGGGUCCCCGAGGCAGUCCUCCACUUCGGAGAUUCAUAGGCGAACCCCCAGGACCCCAGGACCCCAGGCCCCUCGAGAUCGUUUUGACACAUCAAAAACGUCUACUCGAAAUUCCGGAAAGCAGUUCCAGCACAACUACUUGUGCUGGGGCUGUGUGGUGAUCCUCGGGAUCUUCCUCGUCAUCUGGGGGGCCCUAAAUUCAGACGCGAUGGAUGUCUCCUUCGGUGAGACCCAGGAACCUGAAUUAAAUGAGAAGAAAAUGAUGUUCGAAGCCCUGGAAAACCUGGGGAAGAAUAUCGAUGAUAUUAGGGCGAGAUUCCGGGAGCAGUACCCCUCCAUCUGGAGGGACCUCGAGGCGGGUAUCGCCGAGGUCAUCAGGAACCCCAGGAGACCCACGAUUUUUUUACUCUUCUCCAGCGAGGACAACCCCAUGUUCUGUCUAGCUAAGAUGAUCGGGAAUGCCAGUAAAACUGCUCUCAGGUCUGAGGAGGAUCUCCUCCUGUCCCCGGAGGACCUGGGGAACGACUACGGAAUGGCCCUGGAGAAGCUGAAGGGAAAAAUUCAGAGGCAGAAGGUCGUGAUCGUGGAGCAUCUCCUGGAUAUUCAUCCCGAGGCCAUGAAAGCCUUUCACAAUCUCUGCGAUCGCGAAAAUCCCCUCGUUAAGGAGGCCAUCUACAUCCUGACGAUGAAAAUCGAUGGCUACACGAACGAGAAACUGAUCGAAUUUGUCGAGAAGCAGCUGACACUGAAGCUGCAGGGAAAGAUCGACGAGGAGAAACUCCAGGCAUUGAUCACGAGGAUGACUGAUGGGGCAAUUAUUCACGUGCAGCCAGAGCCAGGGGUAAAGAGUUGUCCCCUUCGAUAUUAAAAUCGAUCAAUUGAUGGUGAAUGACUUUAACCUAUUUUUAAAUUAACGAUUCGGGAACGUUUUAAUUUUUGAAAAGGAGAGGAUGGGAAAAAAUUUGCAAUUCUCUUAUGACUCCAAUGAUAUAUUUCUCAUCAAAACAGAGAGCCUCAAUAUUGACUUAAGAUUUACGUAUUAUUGUUUUCGUGUUUUCUCGUUUUUAUCAUUUUGUUCAAAAUAAAUCUGUCGUUUUAUGAUUAGUCAUUAGUCCUGGUGUAGUUCUCACAUUUAACGCGAUGUCUGAUUUUUUUUAAUUCCUCAGAGGAAGAUAAAAAUCACGUUUUGUAUUAAUUUAUCGUAGAAUAUUUGGGAUUCUCGAGGUAAUUCUGUAUAAAAACAAAUUUGAAAUAAACUUUUACACAUUUUA